AUGAACAACUUGGACUCCAAAACUGGUGCCAACAACCGGCUAUGGCAUACAUGAAAUCAGAGACGUACCUCAGCGCCGCCAAAUCAAAUUAUGAUAAAGAAUUUCCAUAUUUUAGGAGACCAUCAGAAAUUGGUUCCUUUUCCCAGGAUAGCAGAAGAGAAGUGGUUUUCAAUAAACAGCAGAUGAGAUAUUACAUCCCCCCAAAGGACCCAAGAGAUGUUUGUUUUGAUCUUAAAAUUGGAUACAGAGAUUACAUAAGGAAAGAUGAAUCUAAACCAGAAUUUUUAGAUGACCUCCUGAGGUGGAUAGUUAAUAAUCCUUCAGUAUUUACAAUUGACUCUGAAAAAAAUCAAUUGGCAGAAAAAACUGACCCACAGAAAGGUUUAAAUACAGACUUUGUGAGCUGGAGGGGCUUGCUGACCAAACUGCUGUGCACACCUUUCGAGACAUCUGAGGGUUGGAGGAUAGCCAUCACACGCUAUAAAGAUACCUUCUUCUUGUGUGAAUUUGAAACAGAGAAAAAGGCUGAGUUUAAGAAAAACAGGAGUGGUAUACAGGAUGAGAUGUGCUACUGGGGUUGGAAGUUUGAGCAGUAUGUGACUGCAAGUUCACCCAAUGGCACACCAGACACUGAAAGUCUAGUUAACACAAACGAGGGCUUCUGUUCAGUUGUGCGAUCCAGGUUAAACUCUCAUUCUCUAGUGUAUGGCGGGGAGGUGGAUGCAGCAGUUUCUGCAGUAGGGCCAGGUGAGAAGUACCAGUAUGUGGAGUUUAAAACCAGCAUUGCAAUUGAGUCACAGAAACAAGACUUCACCUUCAAGAGAUACAAGCUGAUAAAAUGGUGGGCCCAGAGUUUCCUAGUUGGUAUUGAGAAGAUUGUUGCAGGUUUCCGUGAUAGGAACGGUAUUGUUAACGGACUGAAUACCUUCAACACAGGGGACUUACCUCACAUAGCGAGGGACAUACGGGAUCCCUGGAAGCCUAAUGUAUGCUUCAAUUUCUUGGAUCAGAUUCUCAUAUUCAUCAAGAAAACCAUCACCAACAAUGAUCCAAGUGUGGUCUACCUGCUUGAGUGGGAGCCAGGUUAUGAUGUUCGGUGCCAGAGAAUGCAGUCAGGCUCAAAAUAUGCAUUUCUUCCCCAGUGGUUUACUGCUCCCUGAUAAAAAGCCGAAGUGUGAAGCGCAUCCUACAUCUUAAUACUGGAGUCCAAUGGAGUGGUCACAUAAUGCUUGCCACUUUCAAAAUUAGACCAAACCAAACACAGGGGAGGCCAUCCUAAAUGACCCUAGCUGUUGAUAGGACGUUAAACAAUAUUAAACCAAAUCCACACAGGGAAGGCCGUCCUUAAAUGACCCUAGCUGUC